GGCCUGUCACCUCAAGAUGAAGACGUGGUGGUGUCCAAGGAUCGCAACAUCUCCUUGUAGAACGUCGAAGGCAUUGCGUUCGUCUGACGAAGAGGUGGUCCAGAACCUGGAGGCUAGACGUGGUGGAAGGUUCGAGUGAUGUAUGAUAACGUGCGUUGUGUUGAGUAUGUGGGCUCUGAUCUUGUCGGCUAUAUUUUGCUUGCUACCUUCAACGCAGGUUUGCAAGGACAACAACAACGGUGGCAUCUUAUUCAAAAAUAUCCUCUAACCUCUCCCUCUGCUUCAGUCAUGCUUGGCUAGAUCGGAUGGUCCCGCAGUACACGCAGUGGUGGCGCUCGACUGCUGGAUCCAACGCCAACGACGACGACUAUCGCGCAGUUCUACAACAACUCGCAGACGCUACAGGCAGCCAGCAAGUCGUCUAAAUCUUGGAGCCCGACGCGAUCGGUCUUCGGUCUUCUUGCUGAUGGAGGCUGUGGCGAUGCCAUAGGUUACGCCGAUAACCUCAGGGUGGCAAUGGACAUCCUCUCGCAGAACCCCAAUGCUGAAAUCUACCUGGAUAUGGGGUGCUGGACGCUCUCCGACGAUGACCAGGCGGCCGCUGUCGCGAAGAUUGUCAACGCCGUGGACCCGAGCUACAAGUGCAAGGGCAUCUCGCUCAACACGUCGAACUAUCGCUCCAACGCGGAAAUGGCGGCUACGUGCGAGCGGUUCGUCAAAGCCAGCGGCCGCGAGUACAAGUGCAUUGUGGGCACGUCAGGCAACUUCGUGAGUCCAUCUACCACUGAGCGAGACCUCGCACGAGCGAGCGCCGUGUCCGGGGUAAGGAGGCGCCAACCACCACGAAUGCGCUGCCUGCCCGAAAGGCUCGGCCAUGUCUUCCUCACUACUUUGGUGAAGAAAUGGCCGAUUAUUUUCUCGAGGGACUGCGGACUGCUGGCUGCUAACUGCUGGCUGCUAACUGCUGGCUGCUAACUGCUGGCUGCCCCCACCCGACGGACGGACGGACGGACGGACGCCAUCCAAUCGCACUCGCCGUGUUGUGGAAAUAAUCGCAUUCGACAGGGGAAAGCUUGGGCUCGCUUUCGCAGAAAAUGGCUCGGAACCCCGUUGAAUCUGCUGCCCAAGGGCCUCUCGAGCAGCCAAAGUCUCGCAGGUUUAUCGAGUUUUCAGCCAAGUUUUGCUGAGACCGGGUUGGUUCUCGGGGACAGGAGCUCGCGACGGAGCCCGGCCCGCGCAAACGACUGGCGCGGAGGCUCGCUCGCCUCGGUCGAGGUGCUCAGAUACGCCGCUCACGACCAAGCAAGGAAGUCCCCGUCUUGGACCCCUCGCCGCCAGCUUCGACGCCCAAGUUAUCAGGUCCAUGCACGGUCUCUUGGGCGACGACCGCCGUGCCUGGCAGGCAACUCCAUGGGUAAGCUUGGUGUGCUGCGACGCCUUUUGUAAGUACGAUCGUGUAACUUGCUCGUUAUGUUUGCACCUUUUGAUGAUCGCAGGUUGAAGCGGCCUUGAAGCUCAACCAAGCCAACAGCAGCAAGUGGCUUCACUUGGCCUGUGUACGCUAACCCGGCAUGUUAUAGAAGCCAAAGAAACCGCAAUGCGUACACUAGUAAGUUAUUGUGUUCACCGCCGCCUACCUAACUGUCUAUCUAUUCUGUCUACUUAUCUAUUAACUUCAACGUAUGCACGUGCUCAUGUUCAGUGCCCAACCAGAGCCCGAGGCCAUCGCCGCAAGCCUCCCAAGUUCCCACGGACCCCACCAGGCAUCGUCACUGUACUAGUGGCUCGGACACCGGAAACUUCGUGCCCGGCAUGCUCAAGAGUUUCAUACUCUUCCUCGACGGCAAGGCGGGCUACGCUGCCAGACGUGAUACGCUGGACCAAGUUUUCGUCGUGAUUUACCACCCGAUUUGGAGUGGAUAGGGCGGGAGUGUCUAAUAUAACUUCACCAAGUACAUUACGGUGUAAUAUUCUGAUUUAUAUAUAUUAUAAUGGAGCAGCUCACUGAGUUUGGAUUGAAUCAGGAUCAGUUUGUCGCAGCUUACUGAUUUUGAGUAACUUUCGCGAAAGGUCGCGAAUUGUGCCGGGGCGAAUUUUGGGAAGUGAUGCGUUCAUGGCAUCCUGUAGUCUGACAAAUGCGAAAGAAUUGUACUGUAGUUCUACUUGAGCCAUUUACACAAUGCGGGCACCUUCAGCCUCAGGCGAAUCUCCGCUAGAGGCAACCAACGUCUCCUGGUCUCACCGGCGCGUGCAGAAGCUGCAGCAGGAGGCCGUCGACAGCGGCGCCAAGAACGCCGCCGUGGAGAUGCGCUGGGCCGACCUCUUCGAGUUCAGCAUGCCGCAGGAGCUGCACAACGAGCUGGAGCUGCAGAACCGGGCGUGCGCCGAGAUCUUGGCAGGGACGCGGUGAUCCGCGAGUUCCAGAACCAGCUCAAGGCCAAGGACGAAGAGUACGUGGCGGCGCUCAAGGUGCAGGCCGAAGAGGUAGAGAAGCUGGUGGAUCGGAUGAGUCAGCAGUACCGGGAAAUGCAGGAUGAGUACGAGCUUGAGCUCGAGCAGAUGGAGGACGCCUUCCUCAAGGAGCGCGACGAGCGCAUCGCCAACAACAAGCUCGAGAUCGACUCGCUGUUCGAGCGCAGACGCGAGAUGGAGAUGGUCUACAUGGAAGCCAAGCAGACGCGCGACGAGCAGUAUCUGCAGGAGAUUGAGGAGCUACGAGUGCGCGAUGCGGAGGACUACAACGAGCUCAAGAUCAAGCUCGAGACCAACAUCCAGACGCUCGAGCAGCAGCUCGAAGAGAUGCGCGCCACGUACCAGCUCAACACGGAGAGGCUCGAGUACAAUUACCGAGUGCUGACGGAGCGCGACAUGUUGAACUCGGCCACGCUCAGUCAGCAGAAGCGGAAGCUGUCUCGACUGAAAGACGCGCUGGCCACUCUGAUCGCCAAGUACAACCAGACCGACGCUCGGGACCGACACCAAAACGAGGAGCUCACGGAGGAGUAUCGGCGCCUCACGAAGCAGUACCUCGACCUGCAGCGGAAGUACGCGCACUUCGAAACCAGCGACAGCAACAAGUACGACGAAGUGUGGCAGAUGCACGAGGAGGACGCGAUUCACAAGAUCGAGAAGCUGCUGGACGCCGAUCGCGUCAUCCACGAGCAGCAGCUUGGCCUCGCGUGGCGGCCACCGGCUCAGUCCAUCCGUAACUGGAGUCAGUCUGCAAAGGCUGGCGAUGCGGCAGCUCUCCAGAAGCAGCUCGAGAACGGAGACGAGUCGUCGCCCGAUUCCAACGAGAGCGACAAGGGCGGCAGCAGGCGAGACGACAAUGGCGCCAACGCCGACCAGGACGAUUUCGACGACGAAUCGGUCGAAGCCUACACGCCGCCAGUCAAGAAAAUAUCGGGCGCGAAGCUCAAGUACAUGCUGAAGAUGCUCGCGUCCGAGGCUGGCUUCCUGGUGUCGUUCUGCAAAUAUUGCCUAUAUUAAAAAUGAUUUUAAAUCUUAUUUAAUUUUAGCACCGGAAGGUUUAAAAAUUAAUCAAUAUAUUAGUGUUAUAAACUUUUAAACAAAUUCCUUUACGUUGAGCUGCUGAGAAAUAAGCUCUAGUAUUCUCUAAAUUGAGCUAAUUCUAAUUUCAUAGUACUUAUCAGGCUCAUAAUCUGAAGAUGUACGGGCGGUGUGUACAAAGUCCAGUAACAUAUUCACCGCAGCAUAAAAAAUAAUAAAUAUUCUUAUAAAAAUAAGAAUAAUAUUUAUUAUUUAUUAGGUGAAAAAAAACCCUUAAAACCAUUAACAACUACCUAUUUACAUAGAAAUAAAAAAAUUAAAACAGGUAUUUUUUUUAAAGAACCUGCAUUUAAAAGUAUUUUGCCCAUACAAUUGAACCUAAUAAACCGAUUGAUAACAUUGCAUAAACCAUUCCUAAAUAACCAACCUUAAAAAUUAAAAAAAAAAAAGUGGGGUGAAGGUAAAACAAGUGGUGGACCGCCGUUUACUGGGACUUCCAUUUAAUGCGCAAACAUCUCCUUUUAAUCUUCACGGCAGCGUGCAGCAGGCGCUGGAGAAUUUGCCCGAUGACGAGGCGGAGCUUGUGAACAUGAUCGUGCGCGCGCUCGGUAUCGACAACGAGGAGGACAUGGAGAAGCUCAUGGGGUACUUCUUCGAGGACCCGCGACAAGAGGUUCCUGGUAGUGGUGACAACAACCGGGAGGGCAAUUCACCCGGCAAGGACGGGGCCAAGACAUCGUGGGGCCUUAUGGUCGGCCCGGAGGACGUCAUCCGAGUCAUCAAGCAGUUCGUUGAGGUUCGUCGCUGCAGACAUUGCUGAUGUUUGCUCUGCAUGGGUAUUGUGAGUCCAUUUCGCUUAAGUAGCACUUCAACUUCGCUUUCGCCUGUCACUGGUAGAGCUGCAUCUGCGUGGGCGGCACGAUGAGGUCCUCGUUGAUGGGGCGGCCAGGUACUGCUUGAGCAGGUUCUUGAGCUCUGCGUUCUGCGCCUUCAUGGCCGUCACCUCGUCGAUCAGCUCCUUGCGCCGCAGCAGCGCCGUGUUGUAGUGCGUCAGCCCCUUCUCGAGUGUAGCCAUGACGCGGAUCUUCUGCGGGGAACACCUUGACGAUGUUGGCCCAGUAUUCC